AUGAAACUUCUGGUUAUCUUGGCCUUUGUGCUUUGCAUUUCUGUCGGUAAGCUUUCUUCCAAUUCUAUUGUUUUAAAGUUUAUCGCAUGGACAGAAAUCAGCUGCUAGAGGUUCAAACAUGAUAUAUAGACAACCUUCUAUCGCCAGUAAAUUAGUAGAUUCAUUCCAAAGCUAUAACCUCAUCCUGUUAUAUCUCCGUUAGUACAAUGGCGCCAAACUCCUUUUAUGAGCAGUAGGUGUCUUCUGAUUCAUGUAAUUUUUAGCUCAUGGAUGACGUAGUCAUGCCAUGGGCUUUUGGAGGCACUCGAAUGGCACUCGAUCACUCACUCAAACACUCAUAAUAUCAUCCGCAAGAAAUGGACUUAGAAUUGUUAAAAGGACAUUGAAAUAAUUGAGCGUGGAUCAUUGUUGUAUAUUUGGACGAAUUGUGCACAUUUGUUCCCGAUAUUGUACUUGAUAUGGAGAAGAUGCGAUCAACAGGAGCGUGAAAGAGCUAUUGCAGCCUGACGAUGGGAUUUCGUUCAGCGAAAAGCGAAUAAACCAAAGAGCCUUAUAAUCGCUGCAAAAAAACUUUCCUCGAAUUGUUAAAGCGACAUUGAGGAGUAUCUAUUGAGGUUUAUUCAGUUAUUUGGACGAAUCCGUUCGACCAUUUGUCUUCGUAUGCAAACAGGGAAUGAAUUAAUGUUGUGUCAACUAGAAGCACAGGUUUUAGAACCAACAAGCGUUACGCUUUUUUGCUUGAAUUCUUAGGUUAUCUUUGCCUUAAAGUAGGCUUUUGUUUGUCGGUGAUUCCAUUUAGCAGUGCUAUUAAUGUAAUUUAUACAAGAAAUGUUGCGCUGGUAUAAACAAGUCUCUGGCGAAAGGCAAUCCGAACGUAAUCGGAUACUUCGACUGCGUUUAAAUUACUUGGCUGGGUCAGAGCACGUACUGCUUUGAGCUUAAUCCGUUUUACAUAUAUUAAAAUAAUUUUUAGCUCGUGUUUAUCAAAAGCGCGUUCUAAAGCAGUUCAAUUUAGCCAUAAACGCCAGUAUUCUGUAUUUAAUAUAGCUCGUACUGCAUAUACUAACCGUUACGUACUCAUCAUAUGGAAACAUUUAUUUGAAAGCAUCGCACUUUUAAAACCACGGAUUAAAAUAAAACUCAUGUAUUUAAAACUUGGCUAUUUUACAAGAAAGUGUACUGUCGUUCGGAAAGUGUUUGACAGUCACAUGAGAAAGCAAACUAUUUUACAACUAAAAAGCGUUAAUAAUUGCUUUUAAAAGUGAUCUUUGCUUUGUAAGUAGAAAUGCUGCGCUGAUAAAAAAUUUCUAGAAUAUUCAGGUACACAUGCAAUCGGAUACUUCAAGUCACGCUGUAUUUUGGCAAGUCCGUACACAAUGAACCGUUCAAAAAGAUUGAUAUGUUUUUCUUUGAUUAUUGAACUGUCUUUUCUACCCUAAUUCAAUUCAUCCAUGAGCUCGCUCCUAGGAGCCUUUGAUUAGUGAAAGCAAAGACCCUAUGAGAAAAGAUCACCUUUUAAAAGAUUACAAUUUCUCGCAGUUGCUGGACUCAAGUGCUACAUAUGUUCUAGCGGUGAAAGCAAGGAAGCCUGCAGCAAGAGUCAAACCGAGACGGAUUGCGGAGCAGCCAACGAUCGCUGCGCUACUAGGGGUACGGUUUUCACAGUUGGUCUAUCGACAACGAAAUUGUUCACAAAAAUUUGUGCUACCAAAAAUCAAUGCGACAACUUUGACACCACGUUGUUGAAGGCUUGCAAGGAAGCAAAAGGUAAAACUUGCGAAGCUAACUGCUGCGAGAAAGACCUGUGCAACAAUGGGGCAGCGCCCAUGAUCAGCAUUCUCCUGAUGGUGGUUUGUACCGUGGUGGGAUUUUUCCGAUAA